CGCAGAGGGCAGUGCGCAGUCUCUCCUUUCCUCACUCUACACCUACGACUGCACGGCCACUAGUAUCUCCAAUUUCAUUGUCAAGUUUGCGGACCAUACAACAAUGAGACCCAUUUAUGUCUCUUUUGUCAGCAAGGCUAUCCUGUGGGACAGAGGAGUCUGCCACUACACUGCCCACGGUCGUCCAGCUUUCUGCACCUCUCUGUGUCCACGCUUCCUGUCUCACAUGAAGGCUCGUCCUAAAGACUUCCGCCCUCCCUAUUACCGGAGCUCCAAGUUCACACAGCAGCGUCCUCCUUCUCACGGAAAGGUCCAGAACACACACACUUCCACAGCCCCAAAGAGCCAAAUGCUUCAGGAAGGACACUUCCAUCAUAGUCCCAUCAGAAGAGCGGGCUUCGUGCAGAACGUUGGUCUGAUUGCAGGAAGUCGCUCUGCUAUAGUCAUUCCCUGUGCCCAGCUCCCCGCUGCUCCACCCAGCCUUAAUCCAACACCACCCUACAACAACACGCCUCACCCUGACUCCGAAAAACAGGAGAACAACUCAAACCCCACUCCAGCAUCUCCUCAUCCUCUUCCUCCUGUGAAGGAGAAACAGCUUGAGAGGGAAAAGGUAUCCCUACCCGCAGUGCUGGAGCCCGACCUCAGACCUGCUGGAUCAACCCUCUCACCACCACCCAGCUCCCUCUCCCGGGGGUCUUUUUCAGAUUUAAGCCGUCCACCUUCCAGUUUAUUCAGUCGGAGCGCCGACCUCAGCAGUGGCAGGAGCAGCGUCCUCUGUGACAAAACAUCUGCAGCAGAUUUGAUGGUCUCAGCAGAUCCAGAAGGCUAUGUUUCUUUAUCCCCAUCCCAUCCUUCCCCUCUGAUGCAGUUACCCCUAGCUUCUUCCCCUCCAGAGGAAUCAGACCAUCAUCAAUCCUUCAAGAAAAACACCACCGCCGACAGCACCGCCACCCCUGUGUUCUACGAGCCACUCUUCGGCCAAACCAAACCCUUCUCACCUCGCCCAAUACCAGCCAUCCACUGUAAUUCAGAGAAACUUCAGAGCAGCAAGACAAGCACAAAAAUACCACAAAAUAUCCACUUAGAAGCAUUUGUAGCUCCUGCCGAUAUCAACACAUCCUUGGACUCCGAUCAACGUGCCACUCUGGCUUUUCCCUCCACCACUUGGUCCUCCUGCCCAAGUCCACAGAGGACCACUCCCCACUCAGGGUCAUUGGCAAAGCUGACCCCUUCUCCUCCAAUGUCUCGGCUGGAGUCUCAUCGCUGGCCGGUCCUGCCUCCAAUCUCCCCUGUCAGAGGGCGCUCAGCAGCAUCUCGCUGCUCUGAGAUCAGCUGCAGUCAGUCUCGUGUGUUUGAUGAACUGGAGGCCAUUGCGCCACUGUCAACUUCCUGUUUGUCUUUGGACCAGCCAUCUGACUCAUCAGGCUGCCCUUCACCUGAAACAGAGCUGUCCCCCGGCCUCGCAGCACUCACAAUGGGCUGCGACUCUGGAAAUCUGGGCUCCCUGUCCCGGGUUCAGCUGCUCCUCCUGGACCGACCGGCGCCUGAGACUCUUUUGAGUCCCUUUGAGCUGGAGGAGGAGGUGUCCCCGAGGUCCGAUCUGACGAUGCAGUAUGAUUCAGCAGGUGUUUCGAGGCCGCUCACAGCUGGCAGCGUCUCUGAAAGGUUCAACUCUGCAGGGAAAGUCCAAGAAAACAAAUCGGAUCAGUCCGAAGGAGGUUCAGGGUCGCCAUCGUCAUGGAUCAUAGACCCAAGUCCGUCAUUCGACAUGUUCAGAUCCUCCCAUUCUCCCUCCCAGUCCAGCCACAGUUCCCACACAGGCGGAGGGGGCCCAGAUGAGGAGGAAUCCAAUUAUCCAGGAUGGAGGGACCAAGCUGAGUCCCUGGCUGGAGGGAGAAGUCCUGGGAGUCUCGAGGAUAAGGAAAGCAAGAUGGAGGAGAGGAAAACAAAGGUGCUGAACGUGCUUUCCAAACUGCAGGACGAAACGCCUCGACAGAGCAAAAGCAGCAAAGGCCACUCAAACUUUGAAGAUUUCGACUUUUUGGCAAAGUACUGCAUUUUCAGUCAGGAGAAGUUGGCCGAGUACAAAAGGGCUUUUGAAGCAGAGGACAGUGACGGUGAUGGCUACAUCUCCUGUCUGCAGGUCCUCCUCGCUCUUAAAAACAUCAUCCCUCCUGAGCUGCUGUCCGAAGAGGAAGAGAUCUACGUCUACAGGAUCCUGGAGAUGGUGGACUUCAGAGUGACAGAUGGGCUCGUGGACCUGAGGCUGUUUGCUGUAAUUGCAAGCCUGGCACAGAAAAUUGCAUCCAUGGACGAGUUUAUGCGAUCGCUAAUCAGCAGCAUGGACUUCCGAUCCUUGGAAGUGAGACUCUUCAAAGCUAAGCAACUUUUCCUGUUCCUCUUGGAGGACCAGCAGGGCGAUGCGGGUGCUCAGAAGGGCUUCAUCAGCGCAGAGCAGCUGCUGCUGGAGCUGAAGGCCGGGGGCAUCCACCUGGAUCAGGAGGUGGCCGUCAGACUGGAGCUGCAGCACAUUCCUCCUCUGGACCUGCUGGACUUCUUAGCCUACCUGCCCCUCUUCAUGCUCAUUCACAAGUCGGUGAUUUCCAACCCUUUUGAUGACUCCAGCAACCUUUGACCUCAGCACUCUGUGGCUGACAUCUCAGCUGAGCCACGUCUGCUUGUAUGAAAAGACGACAUGUGACAAACACAAAAAUGAUUUUAAAAAGGACAUUUGUGGUGGAGAUACAAAGUAUUUCUUUUAAAUUAUGCAACUUUGUUGCAUUUCUCUUCUAGCUUUAACCUUUAAAUUUGCUGGUAACAACCAGCAAGACUGAGUUUAGAGUGGAAGAAACCAUUAUACCUUGCUAUCUCCGCUGCACCUGAAACUUAUUUCUUUCAUUUUAAAUUGCUCUAAAUUAGACAUUCAGCAUUAGUUUGGGUUUCAUAAAAUGUAUAGAUAUAAAUAAGCACUAAUAUUUAUGCAAUUAGAUAUUUAGAUCUUAAAGACGAACUCGCUGAAAGAAUGCUUUCACAUUCUAAUGAUAAAAACUAUGAAUACAGGAUGUUUAGUAAUUUAACAGACUAUCAGAGACAAGUGUUUGUUGUUGGACGUUAAAAAAUAACAGAAGCCUUGGUGAUAAAAGCCACCAGAACAGAAGUUACACUGGAUGUUUAUGACACACUGAUAAAAGAUAAGUUGAUCAUUAGACUGACGAUCCCUUAGGGACUUCUGUGGGGUAAUGUUCAAACAAUCUCUCUCCUCGACAGCUGUGUAAACACAUAUUUCCAUAUGAAUACUUUGAAUAUAAACAAGAGUCAAGAUUUUGGAAGCCAAAAUGUUUUUGACCUUUUAUAGUUCAAUUAAUGAAUAAACCAUGGAAAUACAGUCGUGAAACCAUCAGUUAUCUUCUGUCAAGGAUUCAGAUUUUUAUUGUCUCCUUUAUUGUUUUCUGCAUUAAUAAUGUAAACGCUC